GCAGUCCGCGCAGGCCGAAGGGCCCGGCGGCGGGCGGCGGCUGCGGGCAGGCUCUCCGGAGGAGACGGUAUGGAGUGCCAGAGAACGCCACCUCGACCCAUCUGACGCCACCGGCACUGGUGACGCGGCGUGCGGACGCCGGCUAACGAUGGGCGUACUGGACGAGCAGAGCGGCUUCCUGCAGCGAUGUCGGGAGUCGCGCAAACUGGUGCUCAUCAUCGUGGCCAUCGCGCUGCUGCUAGACAACAUGCUGCUCACCACCGUCGUCCCCAUCAUGCCCGAGUUUCUGUACGUGCUGCACCACCGGAACGACGGCCUGACGACCACGACCGUCGAGCCGCCGCUGCCACCGACCACCACUGAGGGCCCAGUGACGUCACGCGCCGGACCGGUGACGUCAGCGGCGCUGGUGGUGGGCUGCAACUGCACCCGCAGCCAGCUCGGCCUGCCGCCAGACGAUCCCGGCGGAACGCCCAACGACUGGCCGCAAGAUGAGCCGUCGAGCAGCUGGCCGCCGUCCACCUCCCCGGCCACUACCACCCUCAGCGCCGAGGAGCUCAAACACAGAGAGCUGGUCGAGGAGAACGUCGAGGUGGGCGUCAUGUUCGCCUCCAAGGCGGCCGUCCAGCUCAUCACUAACCCGUUCGUGGGUCCGCUGACCAACAGGAUCGGCUACAGUAUCCCGAUGUUCGCAGGCUUCGUCAUCAUGUUUCUCUCCACAAUAAUAUUCGCGUUUGGACGGACCUACCCGAUACUGUUCAUCGCUCGGGCUCUACAGGGAGUUGGAUCGUCGUGCUCCAGUAUUUCAGGUAUGGGAAUGCUGGCCGAACGCUACCCGGACGACCAGGAGCGUGGCAACGCCAUGGGCAUCGCGCUCGGCGGCCUGGCCAUGGGCGUGCUGAUCGGGCCGCCGUUCGGCAGCUUCAUGCUGCAGUUUGUCGGCAAGACGGCACCGUUCAUCGUGCUGGCCGUGCUGGCGCUCGGGGACGGAUUGCUGCAGCUGCUGAUCUUGCAGCCAGGCGUCCGAAAACGGCCUGAGGAGGCGCCCUCCCUGAAGCAGCUAAUCCAGGACCCGUACAUCAUCAUAUGUGCCGGCGCCAUCACCAUCGCCAACACGGGCAUCGCGAUGCUGGAGCCGUCGCUGCCCAUCUACAUGAUGGACACGAUGAAGGCAGACAAGUGGCAGCUGGGCGCCAUCUUCCUGCCGGCGUCCAUCUCGUACCUGAUCGGCACGAACCUGUUCGGACCGCUCGGACACCGCGUCGGCCGCUGGCUGGCCUCGCUGGUCGGCCUCGUCAUCAUUGCCGUCUGCCUCAUGUGUAUUCCGCUGGCUGUCAGCAUCAACCACCUGAUCGCGCCCAACGCCGGUCUGGGGUUCGCCAUCGGCAUGGUGGACUCGAGCAUGAUGCCGCAGCUGGGCUACCUGGUCGACAUCCGGCACGCGGCGGUCUACGGCAGCGUCUACAGCAUCGGCGACGUCGCCUUCUGCCUCGGCUUCGCAGUCGGGCCGGCCCUGAGCGGCACACUGGUCAAAUCGAUCGGAUUCAGCUGGAUGUUGUACGGCAUAGCGUUCAUCACGCUGCUCUACGCGCCACUACUCAUCUACGUGCGCAACCCUCCGUCUAGACAACCCGAGAAGGAGUCUCUCUACGACAAGGCGUCGGUACGCUACGUCAGCUACCAGAACGAAGAGGACGAAUGAUAUCCGUGAGCUGCGGGGGUGGGCGUGCCCCGCAGCUCGCCAGCGCCGGCCGGCGGCGCCCUCUGAGCCCGGCUGGCCGCCGGCGCGCCGCGAAUGGCUGCGCGGCGCGCCGGCGCGCCGCCCGCCACGCCGCGGUCCCGGCCGGCCCGGGCCGCGCUCCACCGAACCGAACAGGCUGGUUGCCUGGGGACCAAUCGAUGUUGUGUUCGCUGUUGCGCGUGUCGCGCCCUAGCCUUAAGGGUCCACGCGGCGCGGCGGUGGCCCGGUCGGCAGUACGGGAUCGCGCUCCGGGCCCGCUGGUAACUGCCGACGGACGGGCGCCUCUCACCGCAGCUGAAUGACACCCCGGGGACACAUCAACCCUGGCACCCAUCUCAGAGCACAGCACCGCAAUAUCCCACACAGAUGAACGGCACAUUCCCUUUUAGCACGCACCACCAUACGCACCAACGGAUAUUCACCAUUUCUUUGCAGAUCACACUUUGUCCUAUCACUUCUAAAACUGACCUGGUAUUGAAAACAUUAAAUUUCAAACCGUUACCUUUCCCUCAUGGUCGCCCCUCCCGCUCUUUGCACGAUAACUGAGCCACAGUACCUACUCCAUCCUAGUUGAUGGAGCUGCCGAGGAGCGGCGCCACAGUCCCGGUACCGAUGGCGCCCCGUCUGCCCCGCCGCCACCGCCGCGCCGCGUCAUGGAUGGUCUGAGGGUCCAAAUAUGUGCCGCAAGAUUGUUCAUUGUUACUUGUCUACAAAAACCACUAAAAACCAAUAAAAUGCUGAAAAACCGUG